UUAGGCUGCUGAUACAUAGUCGAUUGGCUCGAAUUUAGUUUUUAAUUUAUGUUACAUUUUUUGGGGCCAUUUAACGUUGGAGCUAAUCGGAAAAAUGGACAUACGCUAGAAAGGAUGCCAAGAUAUUUACAAGUUUAGACAUUUCUAAAGUAAUGAUAAAAUGUAUGUUUUUUAACCGAUGGUACAUCAGCAUCGUUAGGAUAAGCUAAUGUCAAACUGUAACAGUAUACCGUAAUCUUUAUUUAAAUUUACUCCAUAAUAUUUUACUGCUCUGUGAUACCUGUGAUAGUAAUCUGUGCUAUAGGAGUACUCUAUCUAUAGUAUAUUAUAUUUUAUAUUUACAUGUAUAAUUACUAACCUAUUAAUUUAAAAUGGAAAAACAUUGAACUUAUCAUACUUAAAAUAUAAAGAGCUAACACGCUUAUUGUGAAAUUCUGUGGAAACAUACAUUUAUCAAAACUUUUUCUGUUAAUCUUGAAUUUUUAAAAUAGUAUUUUAUACAUUAAACUUUUUCUUAUAUAUGAAAAAGACUUAUUUGAAAAUAGAAUUUGUCAAUUUCUUAAAAAAAGCAGGAUAUAUGAAUACUAUUAGUAACAUACAUUCAUAAAUUGUGUAAUUAUUGGAUUUUGUCAUCCAUUUGCUUAAAUUAAAAUGUUACUUUUGGGAGAUGUUUUUCCAAAUUUCACCGCAAAUACAACUGAAGGAGAAAUAGCCUUUCACGAUUGGCUAGGAGAUUCUUGGGGAGUCCUGUUUUCCCAUCCAUCUGAUUUUACACCUGUGUGUACAACAGAGCUUGCCCGAGUUCUCAAUCUACUACCGGAGUUCACAAAGCGGAAUGUGAAAGUUAUUGGCUUGUCAUGUGACUCAAUAUCUUCUCAUAUAGAGUGGUGCAAGGAUAUCAAAUGCUAUGCAGGUUAUAAUGAAGAUGAUAAGUUCCCAUAUCCAAUAAUAGAAGACAAGGACCGCACUGUCGCUACAAAGUUAGGUAUGGUGGAUAAAGAUGAAUUGGAUGCAAAUGGUAUACCUCUCACAGCCCGUGCAGUUUUCAUUGUGGAUUCUAAUAAGAAGUUCCGAUUAUCGUUCCUAUAUCCGGCCACUACUGGGAGAAACUUUGAUGAGAUAUUACGUGUAUUGGAUUCUUUGCAAUUGACUGAUAAAGCUAAGGUUGCUACCCCUGUUGAUUGGAAGAUGGGUGAUGAUUGCAUGGUGCUGCCCACGGUGCCUGAAGAGCAGCUGCCCAAGGUGUUCCCACAAGGUGUCAAAGUGGUCUCACUUCCUUCCGGCAAGAAUUAUCUCAGGAAGACUUCUUGCCCUAAAGUAUAAGAAUCUGCACAUACAUACUUGUUAACUUAGUUUUUCAAGUACUGAAUUUCUCGAAUAGUUAAUGUGUGAUAUAUAAUGUUAGUAAUAUAGUGCCGUAUAGGACCUAAUUCCAUUGAUAUUUUUAAUAAAUGUUAAUUUCAAUUUAA